GAAACAAGCAGAAAUCGUCACCAUUGGCAUCAGGGGAACUUUGGAACUUAACACGCGAUAUGUUUUCGUCAUUUUCCGUUCCCCCCUCUUCUUAUUGGAAGAACGACGCAACGCAGUUGGUUUCAUUUGUGCACUGUUAGUGAUGAAGGAGAAUAAUUAAGAAAAGCUGUCCACUGACAUAUCAUCUACUAAGCGUUAGUCAAAAGGACCUCAUGAUGAAAAGACAACUGUUUCAUCGUAUUUUGAGGCACACGCUAUUAAAUAAUGAACAUAAAUCUCUUUAUUCUCUGCCUCUGCUACAAUGGCACUGUAGAACGCAAGACUGUGAGGCGGUGUGUCUAAAAUCGACACAUGCGAAACACAACACAGGCCACAUGAACAUCCAACAAACAUAUUUGGAAUUAUGCAAUCCGUCUUGGCCGGAUUCCCUCAAACUAAACUAUGUAUGGCUACGGGAUCACUGCCGCUGCAACAACUGUUACAACCAUACAACAAAGCAAAGGAACUGUGAUCUGCUGGACAUCCCACUAAACAUUCAACCUCGAAGCAGUACAAUGGAAGGAGACAAACUCAUUAUAGCAUGGCCAAACGGACACAACUCCGAGUACGCACUUGAGUGGCUGUGGAAGAACAGUUACAAUGGAUUAAAAUAUUCACACAUAUACGACCCUAAACUGUGGGACAAGCAGAGCAUGGAAUCAGGCAACAUUGCACGAGUGGACUUGUGUCAGUAUAUGAACACAGAAAAAGGUGUUUAUGAUGUUAUCAAGUCUAUUGUGGAUUUUGGUAUUGGAAUUGUAAAAAAUGUACCCGCAACAGUGGAAGCCACGGAGAAAGUUGUGCAACAAAUCGCACAUGUUCAGCAUACCAUGUUUGGUGGCAUGUGGGAGUUCAGUGAUCAUCUUGUUCAUUAUGAUACCGCUUACACACACCAGGCCUUAGGAGCGCACAACGACAACACCUACUUCACUGAAGCUGCAGGGCUGCAGGUUUUCCACUGCCUGCACCAUAAUGGAGGAGGAGGUGAGACUUUGCUAGUGGAUGGAUUCCGAGCAGCCUAUGAUCUGAAACAGACACAUCCUGAAAGCUUCAAGCGGCUCAGCACAUUACCCAUUGAAGCCGAGUACCUGGAGGCUGGAAAACAUUAUGUCAAUGUGGACUCCAUGUUUAAACUACAUCCCCUUACUAAGAAGCUGCAACAGAUAAGGUUCAAUUUAUAUGACAGGGCACCAAUGAGAACAUUGCCAGCUGAACAGAUUCAUCAGCUAUAUGAAGAUAUUCACCUACUUGCUGCAAAAGUGAAGGAUCCAGAAGGGGAAUGGUGGCUUAAACUCCAUCCUGGCACGGUUCUGUUUAUUGACAACUGGCGAGUUCUUCAUGGGCGAGCAUCCUACACAGGUCUCAGGAAGAUGACAGGCUGUUAUGUAGGCCGAGCUGAUUAUGUCAGUAAAGCUAAAGUUCUUGGAAUUAUAUAGUGUCCUUGCAUACGACAAAUGGCAGAAAAAGAGGACAACAUACUGCUGUUGAGAUACUAGCUGGUGAUUGUAUUUUAGCAUAUUAUAAAUGCAAGAUCCCAUUUACUUUUUGCAGAAGUAAAUUUCAAAUUUGAAGAAAGAUAUCUAAUUAUGAAAGUCAUGUACAAUUUUCACAAAUAUGUUUUAUAUAUCUUACAAAAUGAACACAUAUAGGGACAUCACACCAAUUUGUUUAUCCAAAUGUUUAAUCUCUUAAACUAGUGAAUGGACUUACGUUUUGUUCAUAUAAGCUCAACAUAAUCCCAUCAUUACAAGAAUACCACAUCAAACUUUAUAAAUAUUCUCAAACUGUGCAAAAGUUUUGUAUAAAAAUACACUGUCAUUAAGAUCUAUAACUUUUAUUUUAAAAGUAUUCAGUGAAUAUUAAACAAUGUGCAAGGACAA